AUGGAAGACGUCGCAAAUAUUUCUCCUGCCAAAAAAAAUCCAAGAGGAAAAUUCGUUGGCACUGCUCAAAAGAAAAUAACUAUUAAUGUAUACAAGGAUAAAAUCAAACAACAGCUCGAAAAUCCAGAGAUGCCCAGAUUGUCGUUCAGGGACCUUAUCGUUGCCAUUUCAAAAACCACUGGUAUUGGGCAACGUACAAUUCAAACUACAUUGGGAGAGUACAAGAAGGAAGGUACAGUGUCAUCGCCCAACAAAAGAAAAGUGAGACCUACGGUACUUCAAAAAGUGGACGAAUUCGACAAAAAUGCCAUUAGGCAAAAAAUUCACAAUUUUUGGAGAAACCGUGAGGUGCCAGCAGUUCCAAAAAUGUUAAUUGCCAUCAAUGAAGACGACUCAUUACCAAAUCUGAAACGUACGUCUUUCCAAUUAAUAUUAAAAGAUUUACAAUUUGAGUAUGUCAAGAAAAAUCGCAACAGUGCUCUUCUCGAAAGAGAAGAUUUAAUAUCUUGGCGCCGAAAUUAUUUGUUAAAAAUAAAGCAUUACCGAGCACAGAACAGGCCAAUAUAUUACUUAGACGAGACGUGGGUCAAUGCAGGCGAGACGCAUAGCAGAACGUGGGUUGAUACAACAGUCGCAUCAACACGAGAUGCCCACCUGAGAGGUCUCACCACAGGACAAAAUGCACCCUCCGGCAAAGGUAAGCGUCUCAUUGUAUUACACAUCGGGUCGUCAGACGGUUUUGUUCCGGGGGGCCUUUUGUGUUUCGAAUCCAAGACCAAUUCUGCGGAUUAUCAUGACGAAAUGAAUGGCGAUGCGUUUUACGAAUGGUUUGUUAAGACCCUGCCAUUACUUAAACCGAACGCCAUCAUCGUCAUGGAUAAUGCUUCAUACCAUUCCGUAAAAAAACAGAAAAUACCAGUGAGGUCUUGGAGAAAACAAGCUAUAAUUGAUUGGCUUGAGAAUAAAGUGUACAAAAUAAAAAAAUAUCACGACACAUACGUAAUCGAUGAGUACGCAAAAGAUAACGGCAAACUCGUAUUGCGAUUACCUCCAUAUCACUGCGAGCUAAAUCCCAUCGAGCUCGCGUGGUCGUCCGUGAAAAGUUAUGUCCGGACGCAUAACACCACCUUCAAAUUAAAGGACGUAAUGGAAUUGUUAAAAAAAGCCGUGGAACACGUAAGUCCGGAUAUGUGGAAAAAUUUUAUUGAACAUGUUAAAAAGGUGGAAGACAAGUUUUGGGACUUGGAACAUAUUACCGACGAAAUAAUGGACGAGCUACCCGAAGAAGAUGAACGUCAUGUUCUCACGAUAGGAACAGGAGAUACAAGUUCUUCUGAUUGUGACUCUGAUUGA